UCUGACAGCAGGAAAAGCUUCAGGCAGAGCGUGCUGAGCUCCCUGCACGCCCGCUUGCACGCGCAGCUCCGCACAGAUGGUGCUCGCCUCCCUUCUGCAGAGCUGCGUCUGGCUCCUCGUCCUGCCUGCGCACGUAUUCACCUACCUGGGCUUGUGGGACUCCUUCUAUAAGAAAGUUUUUCCGUAUAUCAUGGCUAAGAUGGCACCAGCCUACAACCAUAAAGUCUGCAAGCAGAAGCAAGCCCUGUUCAGCAACCUGCGAACAUUUGCAGGCCCUUCGGGCCAGCUCACCUUGCUGGAAAUCGGCACGGGCACCGGCACCAAUUUCCAGUUCUACCCACCAGGCUGCCGGCUCACCUGCACCGACCCCAAUCCCAAUUUCAGCAAGUUCCUCCUCAAGAGCCUCUCGGAGAACCAGCACCUCAAGCUCGAGCGGUCGGUGGUUGCCUCUGGUGAGGACCUGCAUCAGAUUCCAGACGGCAGCAUGGACGUGGUGGUGAGCACCCUGGUGCUGUGCUCCGUCGGCAGCGUCCAGAAGGUCCUGGCCGAGGUUCUGCGGGUGCUCAGGCGGCCCCCAGGGAGAUGGGCUUGGCCGCUCCUUCCCCCUCAGCAGGCAGUUUUGGUUAAACACACGUGCAGUGACAACGCUGCAACCUCUGCUGACUGAUGAAAGUUUACAGCCUAAAAAACAACUGCUCCCUCCAAAAAUUCAAGCACUAAUAAAACAACAAGCAAUAAUAAAAAUAACAAAAGCCCUAAACACUGUAGUCAUAUUUAAAUAUUUAUUUUAAAUCCAAAUUCACAUUAAUUUUGUAUAAGCCACUUCAUGAUUCAUUAGAAAACUUCCAAACCUAAAUGGAAGGAAUGGCAAUCUCGUCCUUAUCAAAAGGACCUUUGUUCCUAAAUCUUUUCAAGUUAUCAGGACCGAGAACCCAAAUAAAGUCAGAAACUGGAUGUUGGCACCGAGAUCAUUUUAAUAUUUUGGAAAAUGCGUCCUUGGUUCAUGUUGACUGUUUGUAAGACAAGCAAUAAGCAUUUCUUCUUUAGUCCAAAGAUUUCAGACCACACUGCAUGCAUAGGGCAAAAGAUUGUCCUGGAACUGGCAUUGCUCUGAUCUGGUGUGCGAGCGCCAUUUCCCCAAAAAUGAACAAUCCCAUUCCUAUUCUGCAGGUUGCAGAGGAACCAUGGUUAGAGUCCAACAGGUUGAACCCUUACCAUCCCUCGCAAUUCUAGGUCAAUGAAAAUUAAAAAUAGGCCAACGCUUACAACCCAUCAUUGAGCAGAUGCCACACAGAGCAGACUGGGCAGAAAUGCAGCGUGCCUGGUUUCUGCAUCCACCUGCCCUCUUGUCAUACGUGGUCCAUUUAAAAGGGCACCAGCUCCAGGGCCCUCCCUAACUGCUGCUGUUGAAAUGUCUGACAACAGUACAGCUGAAAUGGUAACAAAACCUGCCUCAACAACUGCUGGGAAGUGUCUAACCGGGGGGAUCCUCUUGCAUCUCAACAGUGUUGGAAGAGUCAUCUGCAGAAACAUCCACCAUGCACAGAGGGAGAAGCAGGCACAGCUCACAGGGAAUGGACUUUUAGGCGGAGGAGGAAGCGCUCUCGUGUCUGAUUUCCCUUCUGCCAAAUCCUCUUUCUUUUUCUAGCCUGUAACUUGACACAUGACAAUGCCUACAAGUUUCUUUACAUUACUGUGCUGGAAAGAUCUCCAGACCUUUCUGGGAUCACAAGAGAAGCUGCCCAUCCCCUGUCCUGUAACAUUCAGACACAACACAAGCAAAGUUGUGCUUCUGGCGUCCACAGCUCCUACUCCUAAAUACUUUCUGGUGGUGUUGCUUCACCUGCAGAUGAAAGAACUCGCUCAGCCUGCUUUACCUCUCCCUCCUCAGCACGGCUGAUGUGCUGCCAGGCAGGCAGAAGGCUGGGAACACCUGCAGGCAGUGCUGAUCGCCCCGGCAAUUUUACAGAUGAGAGAAACUGAAGCACAAGGAUGUUAAAGUGGUUACUCUGAGAUCAUCCAAGGCAGUUGUGACAGAGAUAAUAACCCCGUGGCAGCAGUUCCUAGCCACCAGAUCAUACAGCUUCCUGCACAGCUCUAAGCUGCACCCAUCAGUAAACUUGUAGUCAGUCCAUCAUAGCCACCACUUUCAAUAAAAGCUGAAUGGGAGGCAGUCUUACAGACCACACAGCCCAAAACGAAUCCAAAUCUUGCACGCAUAACAUCUAGGAAAGGGCUUGGUGUUCAGAGAGGUGAUAAAAAGCAGUGUACUUAUCAACAUGGAAAAAAAUAAAUUCUACUUAUGAAGGUGAAAAGCCCUAAGUCCUUUCUGAUGGCACUGUUUUGCAGGGUGGAGCUUUCUACUUCUUGGAGCAUGUGGCUGCAGAUCAUUCCAGCUGGACCUACUUUUGGCAAAAGGUCUUUGACCCACUCUGGAAAUGUUUUGGCGAUGGGUGUUCCUUGAGCAGAGAGACACAGAAGGAACUGGAGA